AUGCCCGUGAUUAACGUUUCGUCGUCAGCGUCACACUUCUUCACACUCCCAUUUCGAAAGAAGAGUCAGCGAUACGUAAUUAAUCCGCCUGAUGACUCCUAUAAUGUCAUCUAUCUCGGAAAUGUACUUACUGUGUUGGCUGGUGGUGAACACUGCUUUGAUAAACCACUGGCGCUCAUAUGGAGGGCGUAUUGCAGCAGGACCGCUGCAGAUCUCGGCAUGAAUUUAGAUAUCACUCGAUCCGGCUUGAAGGCCGAGACAAAGGAACAAGGUCUAACUGAGUACUGGGCACAUCGUAUCACUUCUUCUGCUGCUCCUAUACAAUAUCCGAAAGUAUUUUGUUGGAUUUACAAACACGACGGCAAACGGCUCAAACCUGAGCUUCGAUGUCAUGCGGUAUUGUGCAAAAGGUCACACGAUCCACUAACCAUACAUACAAAAUUGAGGCAAUUCUUGCAUGCAGCCCUACAGGAAUAUCGACGUGAAAAGUUGGCUCUUCAAAAUGCUCGUCUGGUCGGCUUGGGCGGAUGUCCACAACGCAAACGUAUCCUGCAUUCUGGUAGUCUGAAUUUUCGUCCACCGGUUUGCCGUUCAAAAUCGGCGCCACGCUUAGGAAGUAUUGACGAAGAACAAGAGGUAAUGUCUUUUACUUUUAUCUAG